UUUGUUUUUCUACGACUCGGCCAAUGGGUAGAAUUUAAAGUUGAAAAAAAUGUAGUGGUCGUCGUCACAUUUUAAAUUGAAAGAUUAAAUAAAGUUAUCACAUCCUGGUGACCUCAGUUAACUUAAUUGGCUAGUUUUGCGGGGUUGACGUUGUACUCGAUCUGAUUUAAAUAAUUUGACAGUUUUUUUCCUCCAAAGAAGGAUGGGGAGCGGCGGGGGAAAGGAUCCCCACUUCAACUCGGAGUUGGAGUGGAUUCGAUUUCGUGAAGACGCGUUGGGCGAAUAUGCCUUCCCCGUCGAGGGCACGACGGGAAAGCUGAGUCGAAAAAUUAAGGAAAACCCCUUCGUCCCCUUGGGUGCUGUCGCCACUCUGGCUGCUUUGACGUACGGACUCUGGUGCUUUCGCCAAGGUCGCUCACAACACUCACAGUACAUGAUGCGAGCCAGAAUCGGGGCGCAAGGCCUUACCGUCGCCGCCAUUUUGGGAGGCUUCUUCAUCGGCGCAAAGGGCACGACCACUGAGCAGAAGGCAGCACCAACGACACCCACACCAAAAUAAUUACCCAAGAAUCCACGGAAAUCAAUUUUAAAUUAUGUAAAUCCUAGUCUUCGCUACUGCGUUGUUUAAUUGAUAGUUAGUGGGUGAAAUUAGUCCUAUGCUCGAUAAUUAUAGGCAGAUACAUUGUCUUUACGAGAGGAUGAGAUAAAUUGUUCAUACGCGAAAUUUUUAUUUGGUGUAAAAAGUAAAUAAAUAAAGUCUAGUAAACAACAGAUAAAUAUUCAAUUAA